AUGGGUGAGCCACUAUCGAUUGCAUCUGGUGUUGCUGGCUUGUUAUCCCUUGGUAUCCAGGUCACCCAAUCUCUUAUCAGCUUCUAUUCCGCAUAUAAGGAUCAGGAUUCCGAUUUGAACCAGAUCACGCAAAAUCUUGGAAAUCUUUUAGUUAUUUUCACGUCGAUCGAUGGUGCAUUACAGAAUCGCUGUCCGCGGAUUGAUCGAGAAUUGGUUGAGAGUAUUCACAGAUCAAUAUGGGAAUGCACGGGGAUCUGGUUUAUCGAAAGCCAUUAUUUCAAAAACUGGUUGAUGGAGAGCAAUUCUUUCCUUUGGAUAAACGGGUUUGCCGGAUGCGGCAAGUCAGUCCUGUGCUCGACGGCUAUUCAAUCUACUUUCCACGAGGCUCAACGUCGCCAUAAUGUGGGCAUCGGAUUCUUCUACUUUACCUUUCGUGAUGACACAGGGAGUGUAUACGCAACCGAAUCCAAGUUCCGAUAUGUUCAAUGUCACUUGAUUGAUCUUAAACGUGCUCGGAACCAAAACCAGCUUGAGAAGUGUCUACGUUCCUUGCCGCGUGACCUGGAUGAAACAUAUGAGCGAAUCCUGUGUAGCAUUGAUGAAGAUUAUGCUACAGAUGUUCAACGGAUAUUGACAGUUCUCUGUGUGUCUAAACGGCCGCUAAAAGUACAAGAGUUGGUCGAUGCUCAUGCAAUUGACCUUACACAGCCUCCCCACCUUGAGCGUGAAGGUCGAUCAUAUGGUCAGGAAGACCUUAUUGACAUUUGUCGUGGCCUGGUAGAAGUUGUGGUGAUCAGUGAAAACAAUGGAGAGAAGACCUCUGUUGCUCGCAUAGCACACUUCUCUGUACAAGAGUACCUUCAGUCAGAGCGUGUGCUGCAACAACAGGCAAAAGCAUUUGCCAUUCAGAAAAAACGAGCCAAUUCUGAAAUGGCUCGGAUUUGUCUUGCAUAUCUUCUAGAGCCAGAGCUCGCUGAGAGUCCACUAGAUGAGAAAAGGCUCAGUGAAUUUCCCUUAGCUCAUUAUGCUGCGUUGCAUUGGUACGAUCAUUUCAGAGAAGGCUCGGGGAUGGAGUCGGCAGCUGAGGGCCUGAUUCUGAGACUUUUUGGUGGUAGGGCAAAGUCUUUCCUGACAUGGGUGCGUCUCCAUGACUUGGAUAGACAACCGAAAAAAACCGUGGACUUGAACCGCGCUGUUGAAGAUAUACCAACGCCUGUAUAUUAUACAGCUCUUUUGGGGCUGCAAUCAACCCUGGACGCGCUCAUAGCCUCCGUGGCUGAUGCAACUACCGUCAUGGGCACUCUGAAUGCUCGGGGAGGAUACUAUGGAAAUCCGCUCCAGGCUGCAUCAGCUAGAGGUCAUGAGAAGAUAGUGCAAAUUCUACUUGAUCAUGGGGCUGACGUCAAUGCUCAAGGCGGAAAGUACAGGAACGCUCUACUAGCUGCAUCAGUUGAAGGCCAUGGGAAGAUAGUCCAUAUCCUGCUUAACCAGGGGGCUGAUAUCAACGCUCAAAAUGGAUAUUAUGGCAGCGCUUUCCAGGCUGCAUUGGUCCAAGGCCACGAGAAGAUAGUGCAGGUCCUACUUCAGCAGGUGGCUAAUGUUAAUACUCAAGACGGAAUUUAUGCCAAUGCACUGCGGGCUGCAUCAGCUAGAGGAUAUGAGAAGAUUGUGCAGAUCCUGCUUGACAAGAGAGCUGACGUCAACGCUCAAGGCGGAGAGUACGGGAACGCCCUACUAGCUGCAUCAGUUGAAGGCCAUGAGAAGAUAGUGCAGUUUUUGCUUGAGCAGGGGGCCGAUGCUAAUACUCAAGUUGAAUGGUAUGGCAACGCUCUGCAGGUUGCGUCGUCCAAAGGCCAUGAGAUGGUGGUGCAGAUACUACUUGACUAUGGGGCUGAUAUCAAUGCUCAGAGUGGACGAUAUGGCAACGCUCUGCAGGCUGCAUCGGCUGAAGGCUAUGAGAGGACAGUUCAUAUACUGCUUGACUAUGGGGCUAAUGUAAAUGCUCAAGGAGGAUUGUAUGGCAACGCUCUGCAGGCUGCAUCGUCCCAAGGGCAUGAGGAAUUAGUGCAGAUAUUGCUGCACCAGGGUGCUGACAUUAAUGCUCAAGGUGGAAGAUAUAGCAGUGCACUCCAGGCUGCAUCAGCUGAAGGUUUUGAGAUGGUGGUGCAGAUACUUCUUGAUCAAGGUGCUGAUGUCAAUGCUCAAGGCGGGGAAUUGACAAUGCCCUUCAAACUACUGCUGUCUAGGUCCGUAAAGCCCUCUUCACCCCCCACAAGAGAUGAGAUUGUCCAACUCACUUAG